CAAAAUUAGUUGGUAUAAUGUGGUUGAGUCGAGUUAUCAGAGACGCGUUACUCCCAAGAAUAGCAGCUGGCAGCUACUCCUCUCCGCCCGCCGCCGCCGCCGUUGCCGCCGCAAAUGCCACCCACGUCUAUUCUCCUUCCCCCUCUCUUUAAUCCUUAGGAUCUACCGCUUCAGCUGCUGAUUAGAUUGAUUUCCAUCAGUUUUCCCCAAUUUUCCGCUCAUAGUUUGUGAGAUCAUACAGAUCCGAAUUCGGGUGCCAUGGAUCUGGCGGCGGAAGAACUUCAAUUCUUGAGCAUCACCGACAUCCUCAAAGAAUCAAUCGCUAUCCCCAAACAGUCGCCUAAAACCUUCUACCUCGUUACCCUAACCUUGAUUUUCCCCCUCUCAUUCGCCAUCUUAGCUCACUCUCUCUUCACUCACCCUAUUCUCUCUCAGCUUCAGUCCGAUCCCUCCGCCGCCUCCUCCGACUGGACGAAGCUACUAAUUUUCCAGUUCUUCUACCUUAUCUUCCUCUUCGCCUUCUCCCUCCUCUCCACCGCCGCUGUGGUCUUCACCGUCGCUUCUCUCUACACCUCCAAGCCCGUCUCCUUCUCCUCCACCAUCUCCGCCAUUCCCAGCGUUUUUAAGCGCCUAUUCGUCACUUUUCUGUGGGUUUCUCUCACUAUGGUAGUGUAUAAUAUUGUCUUCUUGUUGUUUAUUGGGCUUCUUCUUGUCGCCGUUGACAUGCAGAAUGUUUUACUGUUCUUGUUCUCCUUGGUGGUUGUGUUCUUGAUGUUCUUGGUCGUCCACGUUUACAUUAGCGCAUUGUGGCAUCUUGCUAGCGUAGUGUCUGUUGUCGAGCCUGUCUAUGGUUUUGCUGCAAUGAAGAAGAGCUACGAGUUAUUGAAGGGGAAGAGUGGCAUGGGUUUUAUUCUUGUUUUCAGUUACCUUGCUAUUUGUGGGGUGAUCAGUAUGCUCUUUGGGUCGGUUGUGGUUCAUGGCGGGGAGGAUUACGGGGUGAUGACCCGGAUUAUGGUGGGUGGAUUCCUCGUUGGUUUGUUGGUGAUCGUGAAUCUCAUGGGGCUGUUGGUGCAGAGUGUGUUUUACUACGUUUGCAAGAGCUAUCAUCAUCAGGGCAUUGAUAAGAGUGCGUUAUACGAUCAUCUUGGCGGAUAUCUUGGGGAGUAUGUGCCUCUCAAGAGCAGCAUUCAGAUGGAAGAUUUGGACGCUUGACGCAUUAGGGAUGCGUUUGGAAAUGGUAAAUUUCUCUUAUUCAUUUUACCUGUUGUAAUGUAGAUGGGGAAAAAUGUGUAAAGAAGUACUGUUGAGAACUGUGUGUCUGGACACAUCUGCUGUGUUGGAAUAAAGAACUGAGGUGGCCCUUGAUCUUA